AUGAUGAAGCAUACACACAGGUGGUGCCAGACUCCCCCAUCGGUAACUGUGCGAGUCAAAGCGAACAGCGUUCACUCCCACCAAGUCAGAAGAGGCCUGUGGCUAAAACGAGCUAACACGCAGGAUGUUCAGGGUCCACCCGGGAAGAGCCAGCAGCGGGCUCAGACUAAUGCCUGGACGACUGUGCCUCCAACUAUUAUCAUCCAGGGGCAGGAAAUGGCCUCAUACUUCAGACUUUUUGAUGAUGACCUUAUUCAAGACUUUCUGUGGAUGGACUGUUGCCAUAAAAUUACAGACAAGUAUCUUCUAGCCAUGGCCUUUGUGUACUUCAAACGGGCCCGUUUCACUAUUGCAGAAUACACCAGGAGGAAUUUUUUCAUUGCACUGUACCUUGCCAACACCAUGGAGGAGGAUGAGGAAGAGAGUAAGUAUGAGAUUUUUCCAUGGGCACUGGGCAGGAGCUGGAGGAAGCAGUUUCCCCGUUUCCUCAAGCAGCGAGACAAGCUGUGGAGUCGCAUCAACUACAGAGCUGCUGUCAGCAGACGCUGCUGUGAAGAGGUGAUGUCAAUCAUGCCCUCUCACUUUGUUUGGCAACGGGAGAGAUCAGAGCACCACAGCGGAGCCCAACGUCAGUACAGUGAUCGAAAUCACACUCGUAUGCCCCGCGGGCCUGCUGCCUCCCCGGUUUCGUGUGACCUCUGUAACCAUGGCACCACGUUAAACAAGACCGUGGGCUCCUGUUCACCCUCUAGAGGUUAUUCUGCACCGUCUCCAACCGCGACCUGUUCACACCCAUUCAACUCGCUGCUAACUUUGGAGACUACACCACCUAUUGCCACAUCCUCUUGCAAGAAGUCAUCUGUGAAGGUGGAAGGUCUUGCACAGCAUUCCUCAUGCUGUAAAGCUGAAGAGUUUCCCAAGGAUGAAUCAUCUUGUGAAUCUUCAUACGACACAGCCAUGGACUGGAUUGCAGAAGAGUAGGGCUCACCUUUCCCUCAGCAGAUUUACUACUUUACCCAUAAAUGGUUUUGUGUCAUCUUCUACCUUAAUACUACAUCAACUCUAAAAUAAGUCUGAGUCACGGAGUUAGUUGCCUUUUUUGUGUUUACCUUCAACAUAACUGGUCAGAGCAAACCAAAUGGUGCAUCAUCAAUGAAAUAAGAAUGAUGCAGUACUUAAUGUUUCACAUAUACUGGGUUCCUGCUAUUUUUUUUAAUUUAUGAAUAUUUAUUUAUUUAUAUAUUUAUUGACACACUUGUGGGUUUUUCUGACAACCACUUGCACACAGAUAAGAAAUUCUGAGUAAAGGAUUUGGUGAAAUAUUGGCUGAAUGAAAGCUUAGCCAUUAAUAAAUGCACAUUUUUGACAGUCUGUCACAUGCUGGGAUUCUACAGGUUGUGUUUUUACUACUUUUGCUGUUUAAUGAUCCAAUGCUGCCUCGAGUUUCAAUAAAAUGUUUAAAAUGAA